UGAAAGCCCGCUCUAGGGACCGGCAUCAGUCGCAGCCUCUAGCUCAUCCAGCACAGUCGCUUCAAAAAUCCACUUUCAAUCAACAUGAAAUUCCUCGUUGCCUUCGCCCUGUUCGCCUGCGUGGCCGCCGAUGUGAGCCACCUGAGCAACGAGUACCUGCCGCCCCUCCAGAACUCCUACGCCGCCCCCUCGGUGAGCUACUCCGCCCCUGCCGUCCAGCAGACCUACUCCGCCCCUGCCAUCCAGCAGACCUACUCGGCCCCCAGCAGCGAGUACCUGCCGCCCGUGCAGACCUACUCCGCUCCUGCCGUCCAGAGGACUUACUCCGCCCCGGCCGUCCAGAGGACCUACUCCGCCCCCUCGGUCAGCUACUCCGCCCCCUCGGUUAGCUACUCUGCCCCCUCGGUUAGCUAUUCCGCUCCUGCUGUCCAGCAGACCUACGCCGCUCCCUCGGUCAGCUACUCCGCUCCCUCGGUCAGCUACUCCGCCCCUGCCGUCCAGCAGACCUACGCCGCCCCCUCGGUGAGCUACUCCGCCCCUGCUGUCCAGCAGUCGUACGCCGCCCCUGCCGUCAGCUACGCCGCCCCCUCGGUGAGCUACUCCGCUCCUGCCUCCGUGGAUGUGGGCACCCAGUACGCCUCCAACGGCGGCUAUGUCUACAGGAAGUAAGCGACUCGAAAUCGAAAUCAGAGGAUGCUGAACUGAAUACGAAACAGUGUAAAUAACUACAUACUGCCCCCAAAAUUCACCAUCAAUAUUUUUUUUUCGUAUUGUAAACUUU